CAGUCCCCAUCAAUGGGAUCGAUGCUAAACACCAGUGUGACAACUCAUUCUCCAGCUGUCCCCGCCUCCCCCCACCCCACACUGAAAUACACGCACGCACACACACACACUCUGGGCUGACAGCUAUUUCCUCCCUCAGCCUCACUCCCCUGCCUCUGCCUGCUCGGUGCCUCUUGUUCGACUGUCGCCAGAAGCUGACAGCCUCCAGGGCUGGAAUCCUGUGCUCCCUUUGUGCCCAGAGCCCACCAUGUUGGCCAACGUCACCAUGAAGCCGCUCUGUCCGGUCCUGGAGCAGAUGAGCCGCCUCCAAAGCCACAGCAACUCCAGCAUCCGCUAUAUGGACCAUGUGUCGGUGCUGCUACACGGGCUGGCCUCGCUGCUGGGCCUGGUGGAAAACGGACUCAUCCUUUUCGUGGUGGGCUGCCGCAUGCGCCAGACGGUGGUCACCACCUGGGUGCUGCACCUGGCGUUGUCGGACCUGCUGGCCAGCGCCUCCCUGCCCUUCUUCACCUACUUUCUGGCCGUGGGCCACUCGUGGGAGCUGGGCACCACCUUCUGUAAGCUGCACUCCUCCAUCUUCUUCCUCAACAUGUUCGCCAGCGGCUUCCUGCUCAGCGCCAUCAGCCUGGACCGCUGCCUGCAGGUCGUGCGGCCCGUGUGGGCCCAGAACCAUCGCACGGUGGCGGCCGCCCACAAGGUGUGCCUGGCGCUCUGGGCCCUGGCGGUGCUCAACACCGCGCCCUACUUCGUGUUCCGCGACACCAUCCCGCGGCUGGACGGGCGCAUCAUGUGCUACUACAACGUGCUGCUCCUGAACCCCGGGCCUGACCGCAACGCCACGUGCAACUUGCGCCAGACGGCCUUGGCCGUCAGCAAGUUCCUGCUGGCCUUCGCGGUGCCGCUGGCCAUCAUCGCCUCCAGCCACGCGGCCGUGAGCGCGCAGCUGCGCCACCGCGGCAGCCGGCGGUCCAGCCGCUUCGUGCGCCUGGUGGCGGCCGUGGUGGCGGCCUUCACGCUCUGCUGGGGGCCCUACCACGUGUUCAGCGUGCUGGAGGCGCGGGCGCACUGGGACCCCGCGCUGCGGCCGCUCGCCUGGCGCGGGCUGCCCUUCGUCACCAGCCUGGCCUUCUUCAACAGCGUGGUCAAUCCGCUGCUCUACGUGCUCACCUGCCCCGACGUGCUGCGCAAGCUGCGGCGCUCGCUGCGCAGCGUGCUGGAGAGCGUGCUGGUGGACGACAGCGAGCUGGGCGGCGCGGGCAGCAGCCGCCGCCGCCGCGCCUCCUCCUCCUCCGCCGCGCCGGGCCGCCGCCGCCCGCCCGCGCUCGGGCCCGCGCGCCUGCUCGGCUGGCUGCGGGGCAGCGGCGGGGCGCCCCCGCAGAGGGGCCGCGCCCCGUCCCAGGACGAGCGGGGGCCCCUGAACCGGGCGCUGAGCACCACCUCCGGGUAGGAGGCGCGGCCGCGGACCUGCCCGCCUCGGGCCGUUCUCCCCGGGAGGCAAGGGCAGGGCGCACAGCGCGCAGCAGCUCCCCGAGGCCUCCCUCCAGCCCGCGGUAAAAUGCAGAUAUCCCGCCUCCAGCCUCGGCGGUCUCCGUGCGGGCCCAGGAAUCUGCAUUUUAUAACGUCCCGCGAACAUCAGUGAAUCCUUUUCGGAAACAAAGUUGAGUUAAAGCAAUGCUUCUCCAACUUUACUGUGGGUCGGUCACCCAGGGGUCCCGUUAAAGAACAGACUGACUGAGCAGGGGGGGGGGUGGGGGUGCUGAGAGUCUCCCUUUCCAACACGCUCCCAGGAGGCGACGACGUCAGAGCUACUGGCCGGCGGACCACACACUUGGAGUAACAUGGGGUUAAAGUCCCACGACUUCUCGAACUAGGGCAGUGGACCCCCAAGGUACACAGGAGCUGUUUUAGCAGGUAAUGGGUGGGGUGGAUUUUUACUUUAAACCAGUGAUAGAUUUGGGGGGUAGAAAGUGAAAGGUUUGGGAAGCACCGUUCCAGUCUCACUUUUUCACUUUAGCCAUUUAGUUGCCCUUUACUGAGUGAGACGCUUUAUCCCACAAUCUCAAGGGCUAGGUUCUGUCAGUCCCGCUUCUUAGCCACGUAUAAAGAGAAGUGCAGGGAGGUUAAGUAACCCGCCCAACAUACAGGGUCUGCUCACUAACCAUUAAGCACUACCUGUUCAGUGACCACUUAGUAUGUGAUAGAACACCCCCCACAUACCCCAGGUCCUCUAGAUGUGUGGGAGGGAGCCCCCCUCUCCACCUGACUGACCCAGCAUUGUCCAAUGUCUACAUGGUGCAAGAAGCAAGGGGUGCUCUGGUCAAAUGUUCCGGAAACCUGGGGCAUCAUUACUGAAGGUCUUUAGUAUCUGACUGUGCAUGGCAGCCUCCGAGACCACAGCCUGUGACAUUUCCUAGCUAAUCUGACACUGUACAGGCCCAGAGCUCGGCAGGACAACCUCUGGGCAGUGCUGGUAAUCCCUAGAUCUGUGCAGCACCCACCUCCUGACCACACAGGGGCUGGGCAGCUGACCCCCAACUUGUAGGUGUGAGGGGUAACUUGUCAUAGCUUCUCCACUGUACCGUGUCCGUUUAGCUCUGCAUCCCAGGGCGUGGCGCAGAGGUGGCGCCAGCACACGUUCGUUCGGGGGAUGAAAUGUUAGUGGAAGAGCUGGGGGAGAAACUCUCUUGGGAUCUCGGCCCAGUGCUCUCUGUGCCACCACCUACAGCUGAGGUCCCAGUGCCAGGCAAGGUCCGGCCCACAGCCAGCGCUCAGCAC